UGCUUCGCAAUGUCGGAGCAAGACGCUACAGCUGGUCCUCCUGCUGGAGGGGGAGAUUCUCCAUCCCCAGGAGACACUGGUUUGCGAAAAAGAAAGGGCAAACAGAAGAAGAAAGAUUCUAACACGGAGAGCCCUGCACAUGAUCAGGAAGAAAGCCAACCGAAUCCUGUUCAGCAGCCACAAGUAUUGCCACCACCACAGGCUAAUGAAGAUAUCGUUUAUGUCCCGGCUAACAGAAUUGUCUUUGCUGUUCCAAAAUGGUUGUUAAUUUUGGUUACAACAGUAUCUGGCAUAUUUUUUGUUGGGUUUGGAGGUUACAUGGGAGAUGUUUUAUGGAAAAAAUACUAUGGGAUAAAUGAAGGUUAUGGAGACAGUGUUAUUGAUGCUGUGAAAGUUUCAAUAGGAGAAGAGGCCACAGAAUUGUUCCUCAAAUUUGACAUCGAUAAAGAUCAGAAACUGUCAAUUGAAGAAUAUGAAGCAUUGUAUCACAGAUUGGCAGGCAGCGGAUUCAAUGUAACAACUCAACCAGAAUUCAAACAGGUCAUUGAUGACGAUGAUGAGGUGAUCACAGUGAGAUCCCACUUCAAACCACUGGUACUGGAGACAAUGACCAAGGAUUUGGAUGAGACCUAUGUUGGUGGUGGACUUGAUGCUCUGGCUGGACUGAAGGGAUGGACAAAACCUAACAUUGAGUGGACCAACCUUGGUGUCAAACAUUUCAAGUCAUUCUUCCCUAAGAAAGAGAUUCAAAUGUCCAGUGUGGGAGAUGUGUACUUUAUCUAUCAGAACAGCCCAGGUAUUCAUGGUACAAACCACAUGUCCAGUAAUCGGUACUACCCCCCACAGCUGGAGGAAAGUCUUGUUGUUAUUCAUCGCAUGCUCAACAUGUUCCAUGCUCGUCCAUUUCUCAGGAACCGCUUCCCUCCUCAAGGAGCUGUGGCAUGUGUUCGGGCUUUUAAUGAUGAAUAUGUUGACAUAGCUUUCAGAAUUCAUGGAGAGUUCCAGCUGAAUGAGCCGCCAUUUUAUCCAUUUUGGUAUACACCCGGACAGUUCACAGGAAAUUUGGUGAUAUCACGGGACCGCAAACGGAUCUUACAUUUCCAUAUGUAUGUGCCCACAGAAAACAAGCUGAAUAUAGAUAUGGAAUGGCUAAACGGACCACUAGAAGGAGAAAAUAUGGAGGUCGAUAUUGGCUUUCAGCCACAGAUGGAGAUUACGAUUACAGCUCCAUCUGUACCUCUUACUGCUGAAAAUUUGGAAUACCAAAAGGACUUGGAAGUUCAAGCUGACAAUACCAUGGAAGACAAGGUCAAGAACAUCAAAUGGAAAGGGGAGAUAACUAUGAGAGAGGCCAGGAAAAAGAUGGAGGUGAAGAUGUAUCCAUUCAAACAGGUGGAAUACUUCAACUUCACCCAGUCGUUUGAGAAAGCAACAGAGGAGAAGAAGCUGGUGCAUUCCAUAUUACUUUGGGGUGCACUAGAUGAUCAAAGUUGCUGAGGUUCCGGGCGGACUCUCAGGGAGACUUCCCUGGAAAGUCCGCCCGUUGUCUCUCUCCUUCAGGAGAGUUUCAUUAGCAGUUGGUUCCUCAUCGCUGAUUUGAAGGAUCUUGAAAAAGAUACUCAUCAGCCAGAGGUUAGCAAGGCUGCUAAGCAUUUUCUGUCAAACUAUAAAUUUCCUGUAAUGAUGAUAGUGUCUCUUCCCAACGGCACCAUCAUCCACAAGGUCAAUGCCAACGAGUUUAUGGAGGAAGACGCACCCAUCUCCUCCGUUAUAGAGUAUGCGGAUAAAAGUGAUGUAGUUGAAACAGCACCAUAUGGCAAAAUAUUUGGCACACGACGUAUUGGAGGGAGUGCUAGUAAAGAUGAAGGAAGCAAAGAAAUACCGGAGGAAGAAGAAUUAAAGGAUGGGUUCCAAGAUCGCCAUACUACACAAUACAUGAAGUUUUUGAAAGAAGGUCUACGUCGAGCAGAGCCAUAUGUUGACCAGUUGUCCUAAAAAUCCAGAAGAGUUGAAGAUUCAUUCAUCAUUGAUCCUGAGGCUCUGAUUAGAACAUCAUCAUAGGAAUCGUCCACAUCAUUCAUCACAUAUCUUAAAACCAUGACAGAAUAUUUAAACCUGAGUGUGUAAAAGUGACAUUCAUUUGUAGUUUUUUUAUGUGUUUGAAUGUAAAAUGUUUGAAACAUUUUUAUGGUAAAAAGAUACUUUUUAGUAUUGUUUGAAAGUGUGAAAUAUGUAGUUUGAUAUAGUUUUAUAGAAUGUAAA